CACACUUGCGAAUUGAAAUCAAUCGGUGGCGAAGUUGCUAUAAAAGCGGUGGUUCUGGCAGGAAAAGAUUAACAUUCGCCAACUGCCGCAACCAACAGCAACAUGAGGAAAUCACUACUGAUCGUGGGCUGCCUCCUGGUGACCAUCUUCUUGACCCAUCUUCCAACUGGGCUGGCCGUCUCCUGUGCCGAUGAUCCCACCAAUGCGGACUGCGUCGAUUGUACGCUUCCCGCGAAUGCGGCCGAAGCCGACUGUGCCGACCAGGCCGCCGCUUCAGCCAGCGACACGACCACCGCCUCAUCCGGAAGCAACUCAGGCAGUGGCAAGCGGAAAGUCAAGAGGACCUACAAGCGGAAGCUGAGCCGCCCGAGGAAGAUCAAGACGAGGAGGAGCAACCGGCGCAGGAGAAACAGGAGACAGAACUCUGGCUAAGCACACUGGACAUUAAGCGCUCGGCGAUGAGAAUCAGCAGGACACGGCAAUGCUACCCUAUA